UCUCUUCUUUCUCUCUCUUUCUGUCCGUCCUUUUCGGCAAGGUUCGUAUUCCGGCGAAGCCUAUACAUAACUCCUUUCCAUGGCUUCUUCAGAUGUCAACCAUCUCUCUCAGCCUUGCAUUUACGGGGACUUUGUUUCUUCGUACGCAGAGAGGAAAUCGCGCUUUAUGAAAUGGCUGAGUAAGCUCUUCAAGGGUGGUUCCGGCGGUCGACGUGGAGGAAGUGGUGGCACUGGCCGUCAACCGCACGAAAACAUGGCUUGGCGCACACCAAUUAGAUCCCUGGAUGAGCGCUCUAGAUCUCAAAGGGAAAAAGACGAGUUAGAACAUGCAAUUGCUCUAUCUCUGGCCGAAGAUUUGAGAAGACCAAGUGGCCAUAGAUGGCGGAGAGAUCAUGAUGAAGAGCUUGCUCAUUUGCCUUUUUAUCCUCCGCACGCCCCUGCACGGCCCCAUCAGCAUGUCCCUCCACUUCACCUUCCUCCUGCCUAUCCACAUCACCCUCCCCAUUCCUCCCAGCAGCAUUAUCCUUGGGGAUACAAAAUAUGUGGUGGCUGCAAACGUGAAAUACGUUACGGCAAUUAUCUAGGAUGCAUGGGAACUUACUUUCAUCCGCAGUGCUUCUGUUGUCAUGCCUGUGAGCUGCCAAUAACUGAGAAUGAGUUUUCUUUGUCAGGAAGGGAUCCGUAUCACAAGAGUUGUUUUAAAGAGCUGGCUCAUCCUAAGUGCGAUGUCUGCCACCAAUUUAUCCCAACAAAUCGGGCUGGUUUGAUCGAGUAUAGGUGCCACCCAUUUUGGUCUCAAAAAUACUGUCCUGCACAUGAACAUGACAACACAGCUCGUUGCUGCAGUUGUGAGCGCCUGGAGUCUUGGGACACAGGAUAUGUUUCAUUGGGGGAUGGCCGUAGUAUAUGCUUCGAGUGCAUGGAAUCCGCUAUCAUGGAUACUGGUGAUUGUCAACCCCUUUACCAUGCCAUCAGAGACUAUUAUGAAGGAAUGAACAUGAAAAUAGAUCAGCAAAUUCCCAUGCUUCUUGUUGAAAGACAGGCACUCAAUGAAGCAAUUGUCGGAGAGAAGAGUGGCCUCCAUCACAUGCCUGAGACAAGGGGUCUAUGUCUUUCUGAAGAGCAGACUGUCACCAGUAUACUGAGAAGACCCCGAAUUGGUGGCCACCAACUUAUUGGAAUGAGAACUCAGCCUCAAAAGCUGACCCGAAAAUGUGAAGUAACAGCCAUUCUUGUUCUCUAUGGUCUUCCAAGAUUACUAACAGGGGCUAUUCUUGCCCAUGAAUUGAUGCAUGGUUGGCUACGUCUUAAAGGCUUCCGUAAUCUUAAUCCCGAAGUAGAGGAAGGUAUCUGUCAGGUGCUUUCACAUAUGUGGCUUGAAUCAGAAGUAAUGCCAGGAUCUAGAGGCAUGCCUUCUACAUCAGCAGCUUCAUCGUCCUCAUCAUCGUCGUCAAAGAAAGGCGGAAGGUCCAAUGCCGAGAACAAACUGGGCGAGUUCUUCAUGCAUCAAAUUGCCAAUGAUGCUUCUCCAGCAUAUGGGGGAGGAUUCAGGGCAGCCAAUGCAGCCGUCAACAAGUAUGGUUUACGUCGUACCCUGGACCACAUUCGUCUUACAGGAAAUUUCCCCUUGUAAAGUGAAUUUGAGUAUUCUGUACCUUACCUCUUUCCGUUAUCUUUAUGUGUUCAUUGGAGAUAGUACUUUCUCCUCAAAAAAGAAUUAAGCUUCCCUUCAAAAAAAGGAAGAAAAAAAAAAAAAAGGAAGCUGCUGAUGCUUGAGGAACCCCACAAAUUUUCAUGGGUUCCUAUGCAAGGAAUACAAGUUCGAAGAUGACUCCUCCAAUCUAAUAAAGAAGAAUAUAUAU